AUGGCCGUGGCCAAUGCAGUCCGAAUACUUGGAGGGAGAGGACCUCCCAGCGCCGUUCACAGCCAUGGGAGCACAUGCAGUCGGGGCGGCGGGGUUCAGCAGGUUAAAUGCUGCAUCGAGAGAAGUAUCACUAGUCAAUGGUUCUACUGUUCCCCCCUCAAUGGUUCUACCGUUCCCCCCAAGAUUCGAAGUUGGGGUGACUGGAGCGAAAGAAUAUCGUAUGAAUCUUUCCUGCUUUAUCAUACGAAUUUUGCAUUGAAAACUCCUCCGGGAGAAGCUAGAAUUCGUUCCGUUUGGAUAUCGAUCGGUCCCAGUCCGACACGGUUGACGCGCCAUUGGUUCCCGGAAGAGUCAAUAUCUCCAUCGGCUAAACCCCAUCUGACCCCGCCUUUGGACCCGUAUCCUGUUCGUACACGAUCGACGGAGGCCUCUCCGACAUGUGCUACUACGUCUUCAGUAGCACGCUCCUACUCCGUCUUUCCCUCCAUAAGUUAUCAAAUUUGGUGCCCUUCGAUCCCCAGUUGCUAUGAAGGACGAAGGGCGAGAUACAAUCAAUUUUUUCACCCAAGUGGUUUCUGCUUCUCCCCGUUCUUGUUUCUAACUCUUCCCCGGGCAGUUCCCAAUGUUCGGCACUUCCCAUGCUUCGCGGGGACAACAUCAACUAAUUUGCUCAUGAUCAAGUUACAACCUAAGAUCUUUGACCACAUUAUGUCAACUGUUCGUAUUUCGUUCAUUCCACCAAUACGCUCCCAAGUACCCGUAAUUGCGAUCCGUUUGCCAGAACCGAAGGGUCUUUCUGUGAAAACCUCCGCGAAGAAUCGUCGUUCUUUCAUGGUUUCCCCGCUUCCUACAGCAGCUUUUUCCGCACCUCCGGAUAUCUGGUGUCAAAUCGUCGCUUGUUCACCUAUUCAUCUGACGAUGGAGUUGACCAUCUCGGUGGCAUCGAUUGUACGAGUGAGGGAAACCGGUCAGCUUGGCUCUCCCUAGGGCAAGGGUCGAACCAUAGGGAGAGGGCAGGGCCGAGCCCCCCCCACCCCGGCACUAAUAGUUCUAGUAGGGGCCCUCUCAUAAUGGGUCUGGGGGGAGCGCCCCACCCCUUUCUAGUUCAACUAUAGUGGGGGGGGCCCGCUCACCCCCACCCCCCCGGCACUAUAGUUAUAGGGUGGCCCUAUCCACAGUAGGGCAUAUAGCAAUAGAGAUCUGCCUACUGAUCUCUAUUCGAUUCGCACGCCAACCUCUAGUUCCCUCCCACUGCCAUUAAUCAGCCUGCUAAUGAAAGCAAAUAUAUCGAGACCCUCUGCCAUUAAUGUACGCCCCAGCCGGGGGCCCUUCGACAUAGUAGGGGCGCCCCCAGCCCCCGGCUGGGGGUAGGUCGAGACCCUCCCCCUACCCCCAGCCGCCCUACAAUUCUAUGGGGGUAGGGGAAGGGCGAAUCAGCGCAGGGCCCUACUCGAGCUACCUCCGUUCGAGUCUUGACUGGAGCCCCCAGCCCCCGCCCAAUAACUAG